CGCGUCUAAGGGAAACGAGCAAGAGCAUUCUCUCGUGCUCGUUUAGUGCAAACUCAUUUACACCAAAAAACGUUUCCCCGCAACGAACGCGAACGAACGUUCGAGGAGAUUAGACCGAGCAUCUAUAGAAUACGCGAUAGUUAUAUUCUCGGUUCGAUUUUCGCUCGAACCUGUGACUACGAUGUUCGAUGGAUGAAUUCGGAUGUUUAUCGUGGGAAAUUUGAAAAUGCAAAAGUGCGCAGAGUCUCGCGUAGUACGUAGAGAUAUACGAACUAUUCGAGUACAGUACUCGCUAUAGCGUUUAGCACCAAGCAAACGGCGGAAAGCGUAGCUCAAGAUGCCGUCGACCAAACAGGGUUUGGCAAGUUUAACCUUAAGGUUAUGGCCGUCUGCAGUCUGAUCUUCAUGAACGUGGCUUUUAGUAUAACAAGUAUCGGUUUUGUAUUACCAUCAGCGGCAUGUGACUUCAGAAUGACCACUGUCGACAAGGGACGCAUGAGCGCCGCCCCCAUGUUAGGUAUGUUAGCAGGUUCGUACAUGUGGGGUUGCUACGCAGCUAUCAAAGGGCGAAGGAUAUCGUUACUGGUCGCGCUAUUUCUACAUGGUAUCUCUGAAUUAUUGGCGUCGGUGGUGCCAUUUUAUUGGGUCUUCCUGUUUUUGAAAUUUCUAAGCGGUGCAGCUAUGAAUGGACAAUCGGCCGUCGUUUUUCUAUAUUUGGGUGAAUUUCAACCGACUAAAUAUCGGGACAAGAUGCUCUCGUGGAUGGAAAUGGCUUGGGUGGUUGGAAUGAUCAUUUUAGCAGGCGUCGGUUGGAUUAUUAUUCCGCUGAACGUGAACAUCGAAACGGACGGCGGUUUCUUUUUCCAUUCGUGGAAUCUUUUCGUGUUCAUAUGCUCCCUUCCAGCCUUGUUGACCGGAACUUGGUUGCUGUUUUUCCCUGAAACGCCAAAAUAUCUCGCGGAGACUGGACACAACGUUCAGAUGCUGGAUGUUUUAAUGAGAAUGUACUCUGAAAACAGUGGAGAGCCACCGAAAGAGUACAUAACAAAGCUUCGAAACUGCGAGAAUAACAAUUUAAACGAUUUGGUGCACCGAAUAAUGCACACCAAAGAGAGAGAAGAUGUGAGCGAGAAAUCCUUCCAACUGAUGAUAACUGACAUAUACAUGAAAACCAUGAUGAUACUGAAGCCACCGUUUCUUUGUAGAACGAUUGUAAUGUGUCUGAUCGCAUGUUUCGUCACAUCCUCUUAUUACACGCUGACAUUAUGGCUGCCAGAACUUUUUCAUAGAUACGCGGACUUUCAGGAGGCGUAUCCCAAUCAGACGGCUAGCGUUUGCACAUUGAAGAGCGCGAAAAAUGUUACAGAAAUAGAUAUGUCAGACGAUCCGUUCGGCUGCAAUUCCAGAGUACAAACUAGCGUGUUCGUGCACACAUUUAUUUUGGGUGCCUCGUGUAUUCCGACAGGGUUGAUAUUGCCAUUAUUUGUUAACUACUUAGGAUAUAAAUUUUUCCUCGUGAUAACAGCUUUCAUUCCUGCUGUCGUGACGGCUUGCCUCUUUCUGGUGGAGACGUCCACCCAAAACUUGGUUCUUUCGUGUGCCUAUGAGUCCGUCACUUCCGUUUGCUUGAGCGUCGUAUAUUGUCUUUUAGUCGAUCUGUAUCCAACGCACUUGAGAGCAAUGGCGUCCGGUUUGUCUGCCUUUAUCAGCAGAAUAGGUGCCAUUAGUGGUACUCUAAUGAUCGGAUAUUUGAUCGACGACUAUUGUACAUUGGUGAUUGUUAUCGUGGCUGCUCAAUUAUUCCUGAGUGGUUUGCUAGCCCUGUUUACACCAGGAAGAAAGAAAUCGAAGGCGAUAGACGUUGAGAAAUCUUAACGAUAGUACGGAUUAAGCUAAAGAAAGUGAGACGAAAGAAAAGAAAUAAUCAAAAAGGUUUUUACAUCCACAAGAAUUCUAUAUAAUUUCCUUUUCCUUCUUUUUUUUUUUCUUUAAUAAUGUAAACGCAUUUCGCUUGGAAACAAGAAAUAUAGGCAAUUUUAUCGAUGAAAGAAUUUAAUUAAAUUCGAAAUAAUUAGAGGAUCUCUUAUUUGACACCAGAAAGUGCAAUCAGAACGACCAAUUCACAAAGAUUGGUAAAAAUUAUUAUUUUCAUUAGUAAGCCUGACAUAAUUAUUUGCAACUCUUUAAGCUAUGGUGCUUCUGGUGUUAAAACAUCUUUACUUUUCCUUAAGUUCUGUCAAGUUAAGAGUAUGAAAACAUGUUAUUACUUAAAUGUACGUUAUAAUAUUACAACUUAAAUUUAGAAGAAAGAUAUUAGUGUUAAAUUUACAGUAUUUCUUUCUCGUAAUGGUUAAGAACGUUAAUGUCUUCAUUUCUUGUUAACGAAUUAUAUACUUAUCUAUAUACAUAUACAUAUAUAGAAACACCAUCUUCUAAUAAUUAAACUAUCGUGCCUGUGUACUUUCUGCGUAUACUUUAUCACGGCCGGUGUCUGCGUUAUUUUAUACAUUUUUCUUAAUACACACCGGACAUAAUUUAGUAUACUUUAAGAGGAUGCCUGUUAUUGAUCGAGUGUAUUUUACAAGUGAAGAUUCUUCUUCCUAUACAAUGGCUACAAAAAGUAGCGGCACGUAUUUUCCGAUGAAGCAUCUUUUUUUAUCAGGUCGUACAUUUCAUUUUCGCAGUAUUAAAUUUUUGCAGUCAUAUAGUACGAAAUCUCACGUACUCGGAAUUAAUUAAUUAGUACGUAAAUACUAUGAUCAAUACGUACAAUGGUGUGCCAAUAUAUUUUGUAGCCACCGUAUAGAUAUUUGUAGUUGCGAAAAUUUUACGUGACAGUUUCACGCAACGCACACAAUGUUUGUGAAUACUCAGCAAAUUCGAGAGGUUCACAAUGAUGAAAGUAUAUGUGUUACAUGUUUUUCUACAUUUCUAAAAUAUUAAUACGUAUCUUCAUCGAGCGUCGUAUACGGUAGUUAAAGAGUAUACAAAAUUUUUGUUUCUUAAUUAAAAUCUCUUAACAUGUAUUCCGGGAUAUUGUACUUUAUUCUUCUAAUUUAUGGAAGGAGAAAAAUGGCUAUUUUGUUCUCUUCAGAAUUUACAGAGCGAUUUGGAAGGGGUGUGAAUAAAAUUUAGAGAAACUAUCGCGGUUCGAAUUUGUAUUGUUGUGAUAACGAGGGAAUAAAAUUAAUAUGAAGUAUCCUUUGGUAAACUUUGAGAAAUUUGGAUUUUACAUUUUACUCGAACGUGAAAAGCAUUCUGUCGUGGUAAAAAUGACAAAUUUUCUCAAAGAAUAAGGAAAGUAGAAAAUAAUAAAUCUGACCUGACCUGAACUGACCUGAAAGUAAAUUGUUCGACUUUGUCUUAGUAUUUUAAAAGUCAUUUGACAUUGAACUUAUGAUUUUUCUGUGGCAACAGAACAAUUUUAAGUUGUGAUACUUGCACGUAUAAUUAUUGUGAAAAUAAUUAAGCAAUCGUUUAAAAAUUUACUACACUCGUUCUGAAAUAACCUGUAGAAUAUUCUGUUAAAAUAUUAUAUACAACGAAAAAGAUCUUCGAAUAAAUAGUUUAACGUAUUUAGUACUUAAUACACAUACAGUAGUUUAAAAAAAACUAGGCAGGAAAUAAAUGCUCAAUUAUAUAAACCAUUAUCACGACGAUCUCUCGUAUUGUUAACGCAGUGCCACGAUAUUUCUUUAACAUUGCAAAUUAUACGGUGUUAAGGGGCCCGCAUACGAUUAAUAAUAUUGUCAAUAUCGCCAAGUAUUGUCAAACAGUACUCAUCGUGUGCAGAUCCUUUUACGAAGCUUGAUUCGAUCGAUCAGCCUCGAACUCUAUGUAAAUGAAUAUCGAACGCGACGAUCGUAUUCCCGACGCGUGUUAUUCUUCUAUUUUUCUAUGUACGAGACUUUUUAUAUUGUAGACUGUUUAUAUGCCGGCCAUCGAAGUACAAUAAAAAAUAUGUUCUUGCUGAACCUAUCAAAAUCAA